CACGUGUAUAUGUAUUUUAUUUGGGUUGUAAUAUUUUUGAGCAAAAAGGAAUUUCCCCCAACAAACAGUACAAAGAAGUUCGCACGAUCGCAUCAAUUUGUAUCUUGCAUAUAACUGAGAUUUAAAGCAGUGAAAAAUAAUGGAAGAUGUUGUGACUGAUACAGCUGCUCCAGAGUCACCAUUGGCAAAGUGGAGAAACGAAGUCUCGAGGAAGUUUCAGCAUUAUUUGGAAAGGUCGAGUCCCCAUACAGCUCGUAGGUGGCUCGUUACACUUGCUGCUGCAGCAAUCUACAUCUUGCGUGUUUAUUAUGCUCGGGGGUUUUACGUCAUCUCAUAUGGCCUGUCAAUCUACAUCUUGAACUUGUUGAUUGGGUUUUUGUCACCCAAGGUUGAUCCCGAGCUGGAACUGCUGGAUGGCCCCUCUUCGCCUACUAAAGACUCGGAUGAGUUCAGGCCCUUUGUCCGUCGCUUGCCUGAAUUUUUGUUCUGGUAUGCAAUCACAAAAGCUUUUUGUGUUGCGUUCCUCUUAACCUUCUUCUCCAUGUUCGACGUCCCAGUGUUCUGGCCCAUUUUGUUCUUUUACUGGUUUUUCCUUUUCUUUCUCACAAUGAAGAGGCAAAUCACACAUAUGAUCAAGUAUGGAUAUCUCCCAUUCCGCUGGGGAAAGCAGCGGUACGGUGGGAAAAGGUUUGCUCAAAGCACAAGUGGUCUUUCAAAUGACUGAGUUCAUGUGCAGAAUAUAUACCAAUGGUGGAACUUUAGGCAACACGAAAUCCAGAAAAUCAUGGCUGGUCUGCUGCUAAGAUGGUUUGGCUGAGUAUGGAGUUCAUCUAAUCCAUUUCUGUGGAUGAAGAACUCUAGCUAAAUAGUUGUAGAUUUGGACAAUUAAUAGUUGUAAAACCAUGUUUAUAUGUAUAGUAAUCUGUGGGGAUAUAAUGUGAUUACAUAGUAGAUAUAGAAUCUAUGUUUUAAGUA